CUGGAAACUUGCAGUCAGAUUCUCUGCUACUGCUACCGCCGGUGCUCCUCACCUUUGCCACGCGCCGCAAUCGCGAUCCGAGCACGCCGAGGGAGUACAUAGAGAAGCAUGCCGCAAUCGCGAUCCCAAUCGGCAAUCCCAUCCGCAUCCAUCCCUCCGCAUCCCGCCUACUGCUCUCUAGCGACCCAGCGGCGCGCGGCGGCCCUCCUACCGGCGGCCUACUCCGGCGCGUAGGGACUCCUGCCGCCCGCUACGCGGGUCCGCUGUUCUGCUGCCGCGGCCGCAAGCUUCGGUCCGCAGGCGGCGCGGUUCCCUACGGACGGCCACCUCAGGUGGUGCGGCUCCCAGCGCGCGAGCCCGCGCGGGGACCCUUUGCGGCGCGCAGAGGCCCCUUGAGGCUGCGCGUGCACGGGCAGCGGAGGUCCCUCCCGGCGUCCAAUCUCGGUGGCUUCAGCGGCAAUUGAUAAAAGAUGGAACAAACUAUUUUGUCAUCUGUUCUAUUUUACUGCAAGCAAGCACAAGCAGGGGCGAGCGGAGGCACCGUCGUCGGGGACGGCUGCAGAUUCACCGCAGCAGGCGCAGGCAGGGGCGAGCGGAGACGCCGUCGUUCGGGAUGGCCACGGAUUCGAAUCAGAUGCAAGCUCACGGACGGAGUUGGGAUGGAGUGAGAUCAUAGACAAGAUCAUGUAUUCAUCCCUAUUAAUACCCGAAGCAUCGUUCUUCGGAGGCAAGGUCAGGCGCCGCCGGCAAGACACUCCGUAUACGAAGACUGCCUACCUGACGUGUUAAUCACCACUUCGAUUUAGCCUGACCGUGCCUCAUCCAUCACGUUUGUUUGUUACCAAGGAAAUAUUUCAACAAGCUUCCUAUUUACCGGUGGCUGGGUGAGAAGACAAGUGGUUCCCACCUCGCAGUCGAGAUCCCGCCGGCGCCGUCCUCGCCGAGCCGAGAUCCAGGGUGACGGCACCACCCCUGUGCGGGCCGAGAUCCCACCGGCGUCGUCCUCGCCGGGACGAGAUCUCCCGCCACCCCUGUGCCGUCUCCGUCGAGAUCCGGAGCACCGCCGCCGACCUCACCGCCGACAACUUUGGGGACGUGCAGAGCCCGCCAUUCCCGUGCUUCAAGCGCUUCAUACUCAAGAGCACCACCAUCACCGUGUACAAGAGAUUCGCUGACGAGGGCGUCAAGAAGGGGUUCAAGCCGCAGGACAACGCCGUCAAGCUCUGGGACCCCGAGGGUGCGCAGGGGCACAAGGAGUGGCUGGAAAUAUAUUCUCUAAUGGGACGUCGGAAGCACUUUAUUCCACCUUUGUUGUCCAAUCAUCAAUCUGACAGCAAUGUCGCGAGCCUCUCAGCCAUAGCUGCGUGCCGAUGUGAGGAGCUGUUGAGAGUAGUCCAAGAAGAGAAGAUUGGAGACAAUGGUCCAGCGACCUCAUCGAGUUCAAGAACUCCACGGUUCCCAAAGACUUGUGUUUCAGACAUAUUGUGCAUACAAGAGUGGUGAGCCAAGUGGAGUUGGUGCCAGAGGUGGUGCCCGAGGACAUACAAGAGGCUGGCAGCAACGCACCACUCCCAUCUACCAUUUCAAGUUCAUGCAGGAAUGCUGGCACAGAUUGUUCAUCUACUGGAUCACAAAGGGUUUUGCAAGAAAGGCACAUGAGCACAAAAAGAAAAUCACCAGAGAUAAUGCGUUCACCUAGGCUUUCACCAAGAACAUCGCCAAGGAUUUUCAGAUCUCCAUUAAGCCGGAUGAUACUUACACCAAGGAUUUCACCAAGGAUUUCCAAAUCUCCAUUGAGUUCGGCUGCAGUCAACGAGCAUCAUAGGGGGUCAAGAGAUUUUGAUUUGAAUAGUAUGCCUAUUUGCAGCGCAGAGGACCAAGUUAAUCUGACCAUAGGUUUGGAUUAUGGUCAGCAGACAGAUGGCAAUAUACCUGAUCUACAGCUUCAAAACAGAGCACGUAGGAUACAAAAGGAAUAUCCCAAGCACACAAAGAAAGCUGUAUUCCAGUUCUUGCUUGCAAAAUCUGUGAAUGGACAAUUGAAAGGCCAUGAAACAAGAGAAGCUUCAGUUGCAUUCUCUGUGAGUAUGAGAACAGUACAACGUAUUUGGGAUGAAGGAAAGCACUGCCUGGAUCAAGGGACUGAACCAACUUUUGAGGGCAAGAGGUCAAAUCGAGGUCGCAAGAAGAAGGAAUUUGACACAUCAAAGAUUCGCGAGUUGCCAAUUUCCAAGCGUGGUACCUUGCGGGAUGUAUCCACACACAUGAAUGUCAGUGUAUCAACAGCUCAUAACAGAUUGAAGGAUGGAACCAUCAAGCGCGUCUCCAAUAGUUUGAAGCCACUGUUGACAAAUGAGAAUAAGAAAGAGCGUCUUAAGUGGUGCCUAUCCAUGUUGGAUCCUAGGACUGUACCCCAUAAUCCUGUUUUCAAAGGGCUGUUUGAUGUUGUCGUCAUCGAUGAGAAGUGGUUUUACAUUACUAAAAGGACAGCAAGGUAUUAUACGACUCCGGACGAACAACAACCGACAAGAUCAUCCAAGAACAAAAAUUUUAUUCCGAAAAUAAUGUUUUUGUGUGCUCUUGCUCGUCCGAGGUUUGAUUCUGAGGGAAACUGCACUUUUGAUGGUAAAAUCGGGUGUUUUCCUUUCGUGACUUAUGAGCCAGCUAAGAGAUCAAGUAAGAAUCGUCCAGCUGGGACAAUAGAGCUGAAACCUAUGGAUACAGUAAGAAUGGGUGUUAGUCGAGAAUAUUUGGUUAAGAAGAUCAUACCAGCAAUUCAGGAGAAGUGGCCUCCAGAGGAUGUGCACAGUCCCAUCUAUAUCCAGCAAGAUAAUGCUCCGUCCCACGUUAAUCCUGAUGAUAUAAUAUUUUGUGAAGCUGCUAAAAAAGACGGAUUCGAUAUCCGACUCAUGUUGCAGCCCGCCAAUUCACCCGACUUGAAUAUCUGUGAUUUAGGCUUUUUUAACUCUAUACAGUCUAUCCAGUACAAGACUAGCUCAAAAAGCACUGAGGAACUUGUAUCUGCAGUUCUUGAGGCUUUUGCAGAUUAUCCACCAUCAAAGUUAAAUCGCAUUUUCUUAUCCUUUCAUGCUUGCAUGAAUGAAGUGAUAAAGAUUGGAGGUGGAAAUGAAUACAAGGUUCCUCAUAUAAGAAAAGGGGUACUAGAACGACAAGACUGUCUCCCAGUGCAACUUGGCUGUGAUGCUGAAGUGGUGGCGGCUGCUAUGUCUCAAAUAUCAGAUGCUGGAUUGAUAGAUGCCGCGCCCACAUCUUAGUCGCCCUUUGAGUGAACUUGUAGUGACCCUUAAUUGCAUUUGAGAGAUAUUUCAUUGCCAUUUGCUUGAGUUUUCCCUUGCUGUGUCAAGAAUUGUGAAGCAAUGUCAAAAAUCGUGUGUGUGUCUCGCCAUGUAAUUCUCUUUAUGCUCUUGCUGCAAUGUCAGGAUGCUGUGAACCAUUCUAUACCAUAAGAGUGCAAUCAGCAGACUUAUAUAGCUGCAACCAUUAUAUAUUGCUAUUAUGUGUGUCAUUCUCUUGU